UCUCCUCUCUCUCGAUUCUCAAUUUAUUCAGAAUUCUCACGUUUGUAGGGUUUCCCAAAUCCUCCGUAACUAAUUUUUCAAUUCCGAUCAACGAGAGAGAGAUCAAUGACUACUCUCGACUCUGACGUUCCUAUGACCCCCGCCGGCGAAGCCUCUAGCAGCACCGUUCCGUCAAAGAAAUCGAAACGCUUUGAAAUCAAGAAGUGGAGCGCCGUCUCUCUUUGGGCUUGGGAUAUCGUUGUUGAUAACUGUGCAAUCUGUAGGAAUCACAUCAUGGAUCUGUGUAUUGAAUGUCAAGCUAAUCAGGCUAGUGCUACCAGCGAAGAAUGUACUGUUGCUUGGGGUGUCUGCAACCAUGCCUUUCACUUCCACUGUAUCAGCAGAUGGCUCAAGACUCGUCAAGUGUGUCCAUUGGAUAACAGCGAGUGGGAAUUCCAGAAAUAUGGUCACUAAAGCUACAGCUCGCAUCACUGGUUUCCUUUGUUGCCGUAUAUGAUUCUCUAUGACUUGCAGUUUUCUCUUAAAUUUGCCUGAAUCUGUUGAGAUGUCUUUGAACAAUUGUGUGCUCAAUGAAACCUUUGUUGUUAAAAGACCAUCUCCGACCCAAACUAAGUUUCAAUUAUUAAAUACAUUAACUCCAUUCUUUUGGCUA